AUGCCACCUCCGAGGACGAGAGCGGAGGUCCAGGCCCAGAAACAAAAAGAGAAGCUUGCUCAAUCAUACAAUGCACUGCUGGAGGAAUUCUCUUCGAAGGAUCUUCGCACUGUAGGAAACUACACGCUUGGGAGAUUGAUUGGGAAGGGUUCCUUUGGCAAAGUAUAUCUUGCUUCACAUAAGCUUACUAAUGGCUCCAAGGUGGUGCUCAAGUCUUCGAGUAAGGAAGACCGAAAUCUGGCACGCGAGAUCCAUCAUCACCGCCAGUUCCUCCAUCCCCACAUCGCCCGCCUAUACGAAGUCAUUGUGACGGAAAAGCUGGUUUGGCUUGUUCUCGAGUACUGCCCGGCAGGUGAUGAGCUGUACAACUAUCUCCUUCGGCAUGGUCCGUUACCGGUAGACAAAGUCAAGCGAAUUUUCACGCAACUAGUGGGAGCCGUUGCUUAUGUCCAUAGCAAAUCUUGCGUUCACCGUGAUCUCAAGCUAGAGAACAUCUUACUCGACAAACAUGAGAACGUGAAGCUGUGCGAUUUCGGGUUCACUCGCGAAUAUGAAGGCAAGGCGAGUUACUUGCAGACGUUUUGUGGAACAGUAUGCUAUAGCGCUCCCGAAAUGCUCAAGGGCGAGAAGUAUGCUGGCGAGAAGGUGGAUGUCUGGAGCUUGGGUAUCAUUCUUUACGCCCUGCUUGCUGGGGAGUUGCCAUUCGAUGAUGAUGACGACCAAGUAACAAAGGCUCGGAUUCUUGGUGAAGAAGCAAUUUUCAACGAUAAAUUUCCUGACGAUGCCAAAGCCCUCAUCAAUCUACUCCUUUCGAAGCGGCCCCUUAUUCGACCCAGUCUGGACGAGAUCCUUGCCCAUCCGUUUCUUGCAGAGCAUGCUCCCGAACAGUUGGCGAUACUCAAGAUUCCGCGCCCAGCCGCCUUCUCGACCCCUCUGGAGAGGACCACGCUGCAGCGCAUGAAGAGUGCAGGAGUCAACAUCGAUGAGGUUGUCGAGAGCGUUCUCUCUCAACGCUGUGACCCCCUCGCUGGUUGGUGGGCAUUGUUGAUCGAAAAGGAGCAGCGAAAAGAGCAGAAGAGGGAGCGUAAACGACGCGAGCGUGAAGCGGAAGCAAAGAAUAUUCGUCGCUUGAGUGCAGCAAGCAGUCGGCUGGAAAAGAUCUCGGCCGCCCUUGUGGAAGUCGACGAAGAGGGCCACGCCGCAGACACUCAUCUUCGUGAGCGAGGACGGCGAGACAGACGGAGUCUUCCUUCUCAGCUUGCUGUCCCAGAGCUGCCAAUGCUUCCCGAACCGACACCCCUGCAGUCACCAGAUUCUAGCACGCCUCCGCCCCCCAUUGACAAAGAUUCCAUUCGUUCUGCUAGUUCGACCCGGCAGCGUCCCCCACCACCACCGAAGGAUCAAGCACGACGGCCGAGCACGUUGCAUGUGAGCGCAUCGCAGCCUGAAUUGGCCCAGCACAACAAUGGCAUUUUUAGACGCCGCACCGGUCGCCGCCAGUACCCGAUAAUAAGCCAAUUGGCCUCGUUGAAGCACUGGUUUGUGGAGUCUGCAAAGAGAGCCAAAUCUCCUCACGCCAAGGCGGCUGGGGGUCAAGGAGGCCAUCGCAAGUUUCUCUCCGAGAAAUUGAGCCCGGCCAAGGGCCAGGAUACUGGAAAGAAGCCCACUUCGGCAUCUGGGGCCACCGCGCACUCUGGUGACUUGUUGACGCCAACACAGAUCAAGCGCUCGUCGAAUGCCAGCAGCUUAGCCCCGAGCAGUGCUUCCUAUCCGAACAACCGCCAUUCCUACCCUCGCCACAAUCGUCCCUUGAGCACUAGCCAGAGAAACUCUCUCUCGCCAUCUCCGAUCACCCCAAGAGGUUCAUACCGGCGGUCCUCCGCAGGUCUGCGUGGUCGCAAGUCCACUUCAUCUUCCGUGUCUUCCAUCCGCAGCAUCCAUCAUGCCCAUAGCCACUCUAAAGCAUCGUCCGUUUCUUCAAAUAGUAUUGGUUCAGCGUCUACUCCAACGGCUCGAAUCUCGAAAUCGCCUCACACAUCAGUCAAAGUCCUUCCCACGACGCCAAGUGCGUCUGCACGAUUUCCCAGUAAUAUCCGUCUGGUGCGAGGCACGCAGAACGGUUUCCGUGACAUUGAUGACCCUAACGGGAGGAUCAAUAAUAUGUUCAACGAGGCAGCCCCAGCGCCACUGCUCUACUCCCCUUCGUCAAGCCUCGUCUUUGCACGUCGAAAACGAUCCGCGUUUAAGGGGCCUAUGGUCCAUACAGCUAAUCUGUUGGUAUCGGGUGGAAUGACGAGCACUGAGUACCCAAAUGGCGACAUAGGGAUUGGAGGCCCUGCGGUCGCAGCAGCACCUCGAUCUGGGACACGAAAAAGCCAAAUAAUAGAAGAGGAAGAGGACAUGGAGGAAGAUAUCGAAGAAGUCGAUACUUUUGAUGGCCUAGAUGAAGGGCCAGGCUCGCCAGUCGACUCCACUGCCUCGGAAGACCAUACGGGCGCUGGACAUCUGGCGGGAUCGUCCUUCGGGCGAACUGGCAAACCGACUCUAGCUCCUGCUGCAGAACUCGAGUCGACUCCGCGCCCACCCCAUACAUCUUAA